AUGGAGGCGACCCAUCCCGACGUGGCGGCCACUGGGAGCUCCGAGCCGCCGCGCGAGAGAGGGGAAGAAGCCGGCCCGAGCUCAGACCCGGAGCGUAACUGCGCGGGCUCCUCGUCGACUCCUGAGAUCCCAUCGCCUGAACCCAACGCCGACGCCAACGCUGUCCCCGAAGCGAUCCUUCCACCCGUGGCGGCCUCCACGGGCCCCGCGCCGCAUGCUGAAGCCUCUCCGCGCACCGCCCCAGGCCCUGAGGGCUCCCGGCCCGGCCCGGAGAUCUUCCGCCAGCGUUUCCGACAGUUCCGCUACCGAGACGCAGCAGGCCCGCGAGAGGCGUUUCGGCAGCUGCGGGAGCUCUCUCGCCAGUGGCUGCGACCCGACAUCCGCACGAAGGAGCAGAUCGUGGAGAUGCUGGUGCAAGAGCAGCUGCUCGCCGUUUUGCCCGAGGCGGCGCGGGCCAGGCGGCUUCACCGCCGCUCGGAUGUUCGCAUCACCGGCUGA